AUGAUACGAGCACUGUUUUUGGUCGCAUGUGCUACGGCGGCUGCAGCGCAGUUCAAUGUCAAGCACACACAGUAUGGGACAAGUCCACCCGUAUAUCCCUCGCCGCGGACUUGCGGAGCAGGAGGAUGGGAUGCAGCUCUUGAGAAAGCCCAGGCAUUUGUCGCCGAGCUGACAAUCGAAGAAAAGGCUCAGAUGGUCACAGGUACUCCCGGUCCAUGUGUUGGCAACAUUGCGCCGAUUGAGCGACUCAAUUUCAGCGGUCUUUGUCUACACGACGGGCCUCUUGCCAUUCGACAGGCAGUCUCCGUCUCCGUGUUCUCGGCUGGUGUCUCAGCGGCAGCUUCGUGGGAUCGGACGUUGGUUCGUCAGCGUGGGGAGUACAUGGGCGCAGAGUUCAGAGGCAAAGGCGCCCAUGUAGCUCUAGGUCCCGUCGUCGGUGCACUUGGUCGAUCGCCAUUCGGUGGACGCAACUGGGAGGGGUUCAGUCCCGAUGCCUACCUCUCCGGCGUUCUUGUCGAGGAGACCAUCCAUGGAAUGCAGAGCGCCGGCGUCCAGACAUGCACGAAGCACUAUAUCGCAAACGAGCAAGAGAUCCAAAGAAAUCCCUCGGUCGUCAACGGUGUCACGAUCGAGGCUGUCAGUUCCAAUGUAGACGACAAAACCAUGCAUGAAACAUAUCUCUGGCCCUUCGCCAACGCCGUUCGGGCAGGCACAUCUGCUGUGAUGUGCUCGUACCAGCGCAUCAACGGUAGCUACGGUACGCAGUUCGAGUACUGUCAACGAUCUCUGCUGACGAGCCCUCCAGCGUGCCAGAAUAGCAAGACUCUCAACGGGCUGCUGAAAGAAGAACUGGGCUUUCAAGGGUAUGUGAUGAGCGAUUGGCUCGCAACACACUCUGGUAUGGCUUCCAUCGAAGCGGGGCUGGAUAUGAACAUGCCUGGCGGUAUCGGUUUCCUAGAUCUGACCCAAUCGUUCUGGGGCGACAACAUCACUGUUGCCGUGCACAACGGAUCGCUCUCGGAAGAACGAGUCGACGACAUGGUCCUUCGAGUCAUGAUGCCGUAUUUCCAUUUAGGCCAAGACACCGGCUUUCCUCCCAUCGACGGAUACACCCCGCAACUCGGGUUCUUUGGUGCUUCUGGAUAUUCACACAACUUCACGCUAGGCCCGACCGUAGACGUCCGCACCCAGCAGCAUGCGCAACUGAUACGGGAUCUUGGCGCCGCCGGAACGGUAUUGUUGAAGAACACCAACGGAGCGCUGCCUCUGAAGACUCCUAAUACCAUCGGUAUUUUCGGCAACGACGCGGCUGAUCUUACAAGAGGACAGUACUCGCUAGCGACGAUAGGACUCAAUCUGAUGGAUGGCGAUUACGACAUCGGCACGCUGGCAGUCGGGGGCGGUUCUGGCACUGGCCGCUUUUCGUGUGUGGUUUCACCUCUAGAAGCUAUAAAGUCUCGUGGCCAGUCGCAAGGAGCUAUUGUGCAGUACAUCACUGACAAUGGAUACAUUGUUGGAGGAGGUCUCGCUAGCCUGGGCCCUGCGCCACCCGAGGUCUGCAUUGUUUUCCUCAAGUCCUGGGCCAGCGAGGGCGACGACCGCACCACAUUGAUUGCAGAGUGGAACUCUACGGCUGUCGUCGACCGCACAAUAGCCGUCUGUAACAACACCGUGGUGGUGCUCCACGGCGCCGCACCAAACACCAUGCCGUGGCGUGACAACCCGAACGUAACAGCCAUACUGGUAGCGCAUAUGCCAGGCCAGGAGUCCGGGAACUCCAUGGCGGACAUCCUGUGGGGCGACGUGAAUCCGUCCGGCAGGCUGCCCUACACGAUUGCCAGUGAGGAGACCGACUACGCCAAGAACCUGAUCAACAGCACCGAGCUAGCCACCACCACUGAUCCCGAUGCAUGGCAGGCGGAUUUCAUCGAGGGCAACCUGAUCGACUACAAAGAGUUUGAUGCAUGCAAUGCGAGCGUAGCAUUCGAGUUCGGCUUUGGGUUAAGCUACACUACGUUCAACAUCUCCUGCCUGCAGAUCGAGGUCGGCGCGAUCAACGUUUCGCGAAUGCCUGAUCCGGCCACUCCAGUCCAGCCAGGUGGUAAUCCAGAGCUGUGGGCCACUCUGGCUACUAUCAGCGCGACCGUCACAAACACCGGCCCGGUUGCUGGCGCUACAGUGCCCCAGCUGUACCUCUCGUAUCCCCAGGAAGCGAACGCGCCUGUGCGCAGUCUGCGUGGCUUCGAGAAGAUUGCCCUCGAUGCUGGUGCAUCUGGAACUGUGCGGUUCCCCCUGACUCGACGUGACUUGAGUUACUGGGAAACGACUGCGCAAGCAUGGACUCUACCCAUGGGCGAGAUUGGUGUGCACGUUGGGUUCAGUUCCAGGGAUCUGCCACUACAAGGAGAGCUCACUGUUCCCAUCAUCGCGCACACGAGUGGAUCAUGA